CUGGGUGAAUGUUUGUCUCGUCUGGUCCGUCUCUCCUCGCCUCCUCCUGUCCAUCUCUGGUCUAUCUCCUCUGUCGCGACUUCCCUCGGCGACGCAAUCACAGUAGCUUUGACACGCAUCCCUCGCAGCAGUUGCCUUACCGCUGUGAUGUAAACUCGCAUUUCCCCGAAAAGCGGCUCUUCCGGCCCGAGGGAUCAGCUCCGACAGAUUGGCGUGCGCCGGAAACGCAACGGAGACGGUUAGAGAAGGCAAAAACCAGUUGCAACCGAUCCGACAGAAAUCACCACCGCCUUUCGCGUCGGACUGUCUCCUGCUCGACUUGUCGUCGGAGGCAUUUUGAUGUAAUUUAGACGUCAAUGUCGUCCAGCGUCAAUGUCGUCUAGUACAGUAUACGAUAUAGUGUAGCUGCAAUCCUGUUUGCGCGCUCCGUUCCUUCCCCCUCCUCUUGUCCGCUCGUGCGUUCCUCGCGGUAACGGCCUGUUUGCGUGUCCGAUCUGGCUCCACGUAGUGUGUGAGGGUUCUAACCUGGUCUAACCUGGUCUAACCCUAACCGUGGCACCAAACGACAGCGGUUCACGGCUGCAUGGAUUCAGCUUCGUCGUCUUGCCCAAGAUCGAGCGCCUUGGCUCGCUCAGAUGGCGGCUCGUUUCGAUGGUGGUUUGAUCAUAGGUGGCAUCGUCUGUCACCUUAUGGUGCAAAACUCUACUCGGGGCAGCUGCGUCUAGUAUACUGUACCAGGAUCAGACGUACAGUAGCACUGUAUUGAUGGUAGCCGCGUCGAGUACUGUAUAGUAUACCGGUACCAGGAUCAGAAGUACUGUAUUGCUGACAGCCGACUAGAGCACAGUAUAGUAUACCGGUACCAGGAUCAGAAGCAUUCCUGGCAGCAGUUUCCGCUCCGCAAGGCUCGAUCUGACUCGGAUUGAGCAGUCGUCCUUGCCGCGCGGACAGACGCGCCAGCGGCUUGGCCGAACGGGACAACCAUGGCAGCGCUCGGGUCGCGAGUUGACAUUCGCGUGUACUGUAGAGUAGCAGCGCUUGCCAAGCGAAAACCGCUCGUGCGAUCAAUCUGCAGUCUGGCGAUUCUCGCGCACGUACUAUGCACGAUGUGCGAUGAGGAUCGGUGUUGCGAUGCAACACUGCGACGAGGCGCGAUUCGACUAGAUAUUUGUUCGUUGAGCAGGCAAGCUUGGUCGUAUAUGGAUCAAGUAGCAACGGUGACCAGACAGCAGGAGACAGGAGCCUCAUUGAUACAGUACACCUCGUUCACAUCCGCCGAAGUGGCUCCUCCGAGCGGAAUUCCACCAGGGUGAGUGGGUAUACGGCGGAAAGGGCUAUCUUCGCAGAUGCGUCAUUGUCCCAAUCAUGUUACGACAAUGAUGCGAUGCUUCUCCGCAGCAGCAGCAGCAGCAGCAGACAGCUGCAGAAACAGCCGCAGCACCCAGCAGGUCCCGCUGUCGCAACACAGCGCGGCGAAUCCUGAGGCGAUUCCAAGAUACGGGGCGACGGUCGCGAAGUUUCCCUAGUUUUCUCGAGUGUCGCCUCAUGCCCUGCCGGUGUGCUUCCCUUGUCCUUCCCCACUGAUGCUCCAGCUUAGCACUGGGUCCGUUGGAGAUCGCGCCCAUAAAACCUUCAAACCUUUCCGUCCUGUCAUCCAGUAGAGCCACGCACGUGGCAGCUUUUACGACUAGCAAGCACCUCUUUAGAGCCGAGGACUCUUUGGAGCUCGGAGCUCCGCACCGGCUCCCGCUUCCGCUACGCAUUAAUCCUAUCCUUUUUUUCUAUCACCCUUCAGUCGUCUCGCUUUCCCUCGCCACCAUUCGAAGCGCCGUACGUGCAGCUCCGCCACCCCGUCCGUGCCCUGAUAUUCCCCUCCAGAACCUGUCGCUUGCACCACCUCAAGUCCGCAUCCCUUCUGGGUUCUUUCCAGCCUCGUCGUUGGGUUUGGUACUCAGAACCGGGUUCUCUACUCAGAGCAAGGUUGUGCCGCUUUCAAAGCCUUUCUAUCCGCGGGUUCCUUUCAGCUCGUCCGAGUCUGCUCAUCCAUCCGUCCAGCCAUGGCAGUCGCUCAGCCCUGCAGCGGUCCGAGCAUGGAUGUGCCGAGCACGAAUGUGCCGAGCACGAAUGUGAGGCGUGCGUGCGGAGCAAUGGCCACUGAGUUCCAUCUCGCCACAAAUGCGGGGAGCCCACGAGAUGGCCUAUCAGCUGUUAUUUCUGCUGGUGCUGCUUCUGGUGCCGUUUCUGGUGCUGCUGCUUGUGCCGCUUCUGGUGCUGCCGGCGCUGCAGGUACUGCAAGCGUUGGUGGUGCUGUUAAUGCUGCUGCUGCUGCUGCGGGUGCUGGCUGUAUUGCCGGUGCUCCUGGUGCAGCUGGGGCAGACUGUUCCCUCGAGUGCCUUGGUGUGUGGCAUGAGCGCCGGGCGGGACGCGGUGUGUGUCAUGAGCGCCGGGCGGGAAGCAGUGUGUCGCACGAGUCCCAGCAGAAGCGGCCUGCCGGGCCUUUGUGGCAUGGAGCGGCAAAGAAGCCAUGCGGUGUGAGGAGCAGGUUACAUGCUGGAACCCAGUCGCCCCCUCCGCACCUGAUGCUGUAUUGCUGUCCUGCUGCUGCUGUUACUGCUACCGCUGCUGCUCCCACUGCUGCUACUGGUGCUGCCCUCACCGGUGCUCCCACUGCUGCUAAUGGUCCGGCUCUCACUGGUGCUCCCACUGCUGCCCCUACACCCACUGUCACUUCAACUAUGACUCGGAGUGCUGCUGCAGCCGGAACCGAUGGGGACGCUGCCUGGUGCAGGAAUACAUGCAGACCUGGCAUGGUUGGCGCUGCGCAAGUGAAGAUCCGCGCACCUGCACAAGCCCCGUCUCAAACACGAGACUCACGAACCUCUUGCACUGCCCAUCCCAAUGGCCCGCAGAGUUCCUCCUCCCCCCGCUGCGGUGCUGUGACUUCGGCACACGUCAGGGGGUGUGCCACGUGGCAGUCUGAGCCGGCUAUUCAGGGCCUGCAGCAUGCUGCUGUGUUCCCUUGCAGUUUUGGCCCUGAGGCGGGUACUGGCGAGACCACCCUCUCUACGAGCACGCACACCCCGUUUCCCCCCUUCCCCCUCUCCGUCACUCAUGCUGCGAAGGAAUUUCACAGUCCAUCUUUUGCUGGCCUCCUGAACUCCAUCUCGCCCACAUGGCAACACCACGUGUUCUCUGCCCCUGCCGCCUCUGCAGUCCAGCGCCCAAAGAACGACUCGCUUCCUCCACGCCUUCUGGGGAGCAAAGCUCAGCCUCCAAAGUCUCGUGUGCACGCGAAGAAGCAGCAGCAGGAGCAGCAGCAGCAGCCGUGGCAGCGUAAGUUGCAGAGUGCUGCAGGUGGCGUUUGCUUGGUGUCUCUGUUGUGUAGGGAUACCUGUGUGCUGAACAGCCCUUACGUAGGCUCUCAUUGCACUCCGCAAAAGAGGCAGGAGAAGAGGGAGACUUUCUGGCUAACGACUGGAGACUCGCCAAGCGUGCACAUGGAAGGGCAACCUGCUGAUUUGCCUGGCAAGUUGCGCUCGUCAGAGAACCGAAGAGAGGGCUUUUUAGAGGAAGAAGUUGACUACGAUGAGGAGCUACAGGACACUGCGUCGUCUUAAAGGAGAUUAUGCAAGAAAUGGGUGGUGACUUGUUUUUGUUAGCAUAGAAGCAGCCUUUGUUGGGUGCAUUUUUGUAAUCCUCGGCACCCGUUCUUUACUGGUCGCUGGCCAAUGAUGGCUCCGUCCGCCCAGACUUCUGCA